AGUCGCCCGCUGCCGGAAGUGGCGCGCGCUUUGGCGCUCGCGGGAAAACUCGUCUUGUGUCUGGGUGGCGGCGGGACCCUGGCUGCCAUGAGCCUCUGGGUGGACAAGUACCGGCCCUGCUCGCUGGCCCGGCUGGACUAUCACAAGGAACAGGCGGCGCAGCUGCGCAACCUGGUGCAGUGUGGUGACUUCCCUCACCUCCUAGUAUAUGGACCAUCAGGUGCUGGAAAAAAGACAAGAAUUAUGUGUAUCCUACGAGAACUUUAUGGUGUCGGGGUAGAAAAAUUGAGAAUUGAGCAUCAAACUAUCACAACUCCAUCUAAAAAAAAAAUUGAAAUCAGCACCAUUGCCAGUAACUACCACCUUGAAGUUAAUCCCAGUGAUGCGGGAAACAGCGACCGGGUCGUAAUCCAGGAGAUGCUGAAGACCGUGGCACAGUCACAGCAGCUUGAGACCAGCUCCCAAAGAGACUUCAAAGUGGUAUUAUUGACAGAGGUGGACAAACUCACAAAGGAUGCUCAGCAUGCCUUGCGCAGGACCAUGGAGAAGUACAUGUCCACCUGCAGGCUGAUCUUGUGCUGUAACUCCACGUCUAAGGUGAUACCCCCGAUUCGCAGUAGGUGCCUGGCAGUUCGUGUGCCUGCUCCCAGCAUUCAAGAUAUUUGCAGUGUAUUAUCCACUGUCUGCAAGAAGGAGGGUCUGGCUCUUCCUUCGAAACUGGCUCACAGGCUGGCAGAGAAGUCCUGCCGAAACCUCAGGACCUUGCUUAUGUGUGAAGCUUGCCGAGUACAGCAAUACCCUUUUACUGAAGACCAGGAAAUCCCCGAGACGGACUGGGAGGUGUACCUGAGGGAGACUGCAAAUGCUAUUGUCAGUCAGCAGACCCCACAGAGGCUCCUUGAAGUCCGGGGAAGGCUCUAUGAGCUCCUAACUCACUGUAUUCCUCCUGAGAUAAUAAUGAAGGUAAGUGGGCUGCUCUCCGAGCUCUUACACAACUGCGAUGGGCAGCUGAAAGGGGACGUGGCGCAGAUGGCGGCCUACUAUGAACAUCGACUGCAGCUGGGCAGCACCAUUUAUCACUUGGAGGCGUUUGUGGCCAAGUUUAUGGCACUUUAUAAGAAGUUCAUGGAGGACGGACUGGAAGGCAUGAUGUUCUGAUGCAGCUAGUGGUUCCUCCAAUACCUCAGAAGUCGCAUUUAUACAGAUUUGUACUGGGGCUGUGGGUAUAAUAAACUAACUUUAUUUACUAAAUUA